AUGUUUAAUGACUCAUUUUGCGACCAUUCCGAUUCUCAAGCUCAUACGCGCGAUCUUUCGUGCCAGGAUUGGCAAUACGCGCCCACUCCAGGAUACUAUGAUCACACACCACCUUCAGAAUAUGGAUUUAGCCCUUCACCGGAUUGCUACACUCAAGAUGGCCCUGCAGCCCCCUCUUCUCCCCAGGAAGACAACCCACGGCUUCUUCAACUCUGUGAGUGGGAAGAAUGUAGAACAGACGACGAGCUUCCUCAAACGUCGGAGGACACGGAACAGGAUGUAACCCUGACUCCAAGUGCUCAUUGGCCCUCGGUCCUCAAGGGUAAGCUGGAGAAAGUUCUCCAAGAGAGAGUCUCUCGUAAUCGACGGGUCAGGUCCGAUGACACGUCCAUAGUUGUGUCUGUCAACGAUCGCAAGCAACGGGACCUAAAGAAGCGGUUUAACUCUCUCGAUAUUGAUUGGAUGGCAGUUGAGAAACAAUUACUUGCGUGGAGUAAACUUUAUACCCGGGGCAAGGAGUUGAGGCUCGUGAUCGUCUUCCACUACAUAGAGGACGACCUUUCUAGGAGCGAUAAACGGGGAAAGUCGCCUGUCACCAAGAAGAUGCUCAAUGAGCGAGACGCACAACUCGAUGCCGAAGACUUGAUGGGUUACCCUUCACCAUCCUGUCACCUAGGCCCGCAUUGCUGGCAGGAUCCUCAUGGGAAGAAACACUAUCAACUAAGGACUCAUCAUUUGAAACGUCUGAUAGCUUACGUUGAAGGGGGCGGCGUUUUGGAGUGCCAAGAUGAUGUUCCUGACACUAUCCGUGAAGAGCUCUAUAUGGAGGAGCAGCACAGGCUAGAAUCUUCACGAUCCAAAAGCAAUAAAGGAGCCGUCUCCGGAAGCUGCCCGCCGAUCAAUAUCAACUUUAUGGGAGCGCAGCCUUCUAUGCAGCCAGCAGUGAUUACUCCUACAGCGGCAUCUGUCCUGCCGCCUCUGAAAAACAGGCAAGACGCAAAUCAGCUCGUCAUCUAUGGACCCCGAGAUGUGGCUGUGAGAGAAUACAGUGCAUGGCAAGAAACAAACGUCAUUGAUGAAACCCUCAAGGCCCAAUUUCGGCUGGCUUGUGAUGUAACGCUCACCAACGGCUUGGAUCUUGAACAGAUCCAUGAGGAUCAUAAUGCGGGAUUCUUCAUCGAAAAAGGAGUUGCGGUAGGUAUCGCACGCCGUGCGAAUGCGUGGCAGACGUUUUGA